AUGGCGCCAAGGGGCCCCCAAGGAAAGGCGGCAUCGUCCAGCCGCGAAAACAAACCCACAGGUGCAAAUACUACCUCAAGAGGUGGAAUUCAGAAGCGGCGUGGUCAGGGCAAGAUCAACGAAGACGGGGAUAUCGACAUGGACGCCCCAGCAACUCACCGACUGAACCGCUCCGGCAAUGGACAAAAGCCAGGGGGCCGCGCGGGGUCAAAACCAGCGGCCCGCGGCGGUGCUUCUCGAACGGCUCAGACCAUAAUAAAGCACCUCGGCAGCGGAGAUUCAUCGCAGCUAGCCUCGCGCGUCACCGACCCCAGCGCUGCCAAAGCAGCCAGGUCACGAAUCCAAAACGCCGCACCACUCGUGUUCGUGCGGGUUCACGGCCUUAGCGAUAGCACUGCCGCGAGCAAUCGUGAUGGCGGUGUCUCUAACCUCCUUUCCUUUCUCGAGAGGAAGGCAUCAUCGCUCCCAACAACAGGAAGAAAACGGCAGGUCGCCAUCAAGAAGUCACACCGGGUUGGGGACUACGUUUUUAUAGGGGCAAGCAAGGAGGACGCCGAGCUACUGAAGAGUCUCGAUGCAUCCUUGUUUGCGGGAGUCAAGCUGGAGAUUGUGGAAUCCGAGGAUGGACUGGGCCAUCAGGGCAGGGCCACCGAGUCCAAGGCUACACAGGAGCUCCGGGCCAAGCUACAGGCAAUCCUCAGUCAGCGCUACAUCGGACCCAACAAGCUCCUGAAACUCGACGCGCUCGCUAGCGAUGCCGACCUGGUCAGCCUGGGCAGCUUUGAGAGCGCCGAGAGAGCCCUCAAGACGUUCAAGGGCCUCAUGGCCAUCUGUGACAGCCUCUUCAAGACGGCCAAGGAGAAGCAAGACGCCAUUGAGAGCAUCAGUCUUGCCAACAAUAACAUCGACGACGUCAAUCAGGUUGAGUCGGUUGCAGUGACGUUUCCGCAGCUCAAGAAUCUCGACAUGAGCGGCAACCAGAUACCAUCGAUGCAGGCCCUGGAACGGUGGAAGGGAAAGCUGAGAAGCCUAGAGACGAUUUACAUGGUCGGAAACCCUAUCGAAACGAUGGACCCCAACUACCAGACCACCAUGCUCGACUGGUUUCCCAAGCUCCAGAGCAUCAACGGCAACAUACUUCGGACGGCCGAGCAGAUUGCCGAGAAGGCAGCUGCCAUGUUCCCGAAGCCGAUUCCGCAGCACGGCCCCGACUUCCGUGACGUCAACGGCAUCGGGGAGAACUUUUUGCUAGAAUUCUUCACGGCGUACGACAACGACCGACGGGCACUGGCACAGCACCUCUACGACGAGGGCAGCCAAUUCUCGCUAGCGGUAGACGCUGUUUCGGUCAGGGACCCUGACGGCCCUGCCCCCCUACCGUGGGCCAGUUACAUCAAGGUGUCACGCAACCUGUUUAAGAUCCAUACGCACAAUGCCCGCGUACAGAGGCUCUUCAAGGGCGCCAACGUCAUCGGCGAACUGUGGAGUGGUCUCCCGCUCACCAGGCACCCGUCGAUCAAGGAGAACGUGACCAAGUACAUCAUGGACUGCCACCCGCUUCCAGGACUUCCUGAUCCCAGCGGACAGAGCGCAGCUGGAGUGGACGGGCUCAUCGUGUCCGUGCACGGCGAGUUCGAGGAGUUUGACCCCAAGACCAACGCGGCGGGCCUACGUAGCUUCUCGCGGACCUUUAUCCUGGGACCUGGGCAGCCAGGCAAGUCCGUCAUCCGAGUCAUGAGUGACAUGCUGUCCCUCCGAGCCUACAGCACACUCCCAAACGUGUUUGCCGUCCCCCAACACCAACAACAACAACAACAACAACAACAACAGCAGCAGCAGCAGCAGCAGCAGCAGCAGCAGCAGCCGCCUUCGGCAGCAGCCGCAGUGCCUGCUCCUCUCCCCUCCGCGGCGGACCCGAACCAGCACCAAGCUAUGAUCGCGGAGCUGUCCAAGCAGACUGGGAUGACGGCGCAGUAUUCUGAGAUGUGCCUGACACAAGUCGAGUGGGACUUUGGCAGGGCCCUUGUGGUAUUCAAUGAGAAGAAGGGUGAGCUUCCUCCCGAAGCAUUUACUGCCGGGGUUCUAAAUGGAAUAUAA